AUGAAGUUCAAAUUAGUUGUCAGUUCAACUGAAUUUACAGAUAUUCUCUUAGUCGGCCAUUGUAUUUCAAAUCAUUCGUUUUUCAUUGUUAUAAUUAAAACCAGUUUUCGAAACUACUCAAAGCAAAUAGCUAUGAAGUUAUCAAGUAAAUUCGUGUUCGUUACAAUGAUCGUCAUUGUGCUAUUAAUGGUACAGGUAAUGGCUCAAUCAAAUGAAAGUGUAGAUACUCAAAUCAUUGUCGAUGAAAAUAUAACAAGCUAUCGGCCACCUACUAGAUACUGCAAGGACAUGAGCUUGGAAGAAAAUAUAAAAUGUACGUUUUGGUGCCAAUUACUCAAAUUCCGUUGGGGCUUUUGCGAUUACUACAAAGGCAAAAUUCUGUGUAGAUGUACCGACAAAACAGCGAAAAACUUUGAUAAACAAUAA